AACACACAGUUAUCUAUGACUAUAGAUAAUCUGUCAAGGCUAUAGAUAAUAGCAGAUUAAGUGUAGAUGUAUUAUAAGAAAACAAACAGUGUUUCUAAACUUCUUUUGAGCAGUAUAUAUUCAAUGCCAAGCCAAAGCACAAACGCUAUGACUCAUUAGCCAUUUAAAUUACAUCAUUAAUAACUGUACCAAGAAAUAACGCUGAACACAGUAAGACAUGAACAAGACACACCACCUGUUGGCUCUUACACCAUAACAAGGCUGAUCAAUCAAUAAUCACAGAGGCCAAUCUAUGGCUGACUUUUAAUCAAGCAGAUAUCAAUAAAUAAUGAGGCCAGUAAUCAAGCAGGUCAGUUUGGUUGAAACCAUGGUAACAACAUCCCUGGUGCUGAUGUAGAGGGGAUCAGAGGGGAUGAAGGGGAGCGGCCAUUGGUACAAGUAGUGAGGAUACCACAGACAGGAUAACUCUGGUGAACAUCAUCAAGUGGCAGUGAGGGGCGCCAUAACCAAGUAAAACACCAUCAUGAGUAAAGCUACUGUGAAUGCCUGGCUAGAUCAUGCAUCCACUGUGCCUCGUAAACCACGUAUCCGCCUGCGAGUGGUGACCAACUCUAAAGGCUAUGUUGAGCUGGACCUACACAACCGGAACCUGUCAGUGGUGCCCCCCGAGGUGUUCCAGUUCACCAGGAUCGAGGUACUCAAGCUGUCCCACAACAAGCUGGAGCAGCUCCCGGUCAUGUUGUCCUAUCUCCGAGGUCUACGUCUUCUCCAACUCCAGCACAACCUCAUCACAUCUCUACCACAGACACUCAUCAACUGUAAACACCUGACUGAGCUCAACCUCACCAACAACAGGUUGUCAACACUGCCAAAGUGUGUUUGUUCGCUGCAUCUCCUGAAGGUCCUCCAGCUUGGUGAGAAUGAUUUAGAGCAGAUUCCCCAUGAAGUUGGCCUACUGACAAACCUCAAACACCUGGACAUGCAUCAGAACAAACUGUGGUAUCUGCCCUUCUCCAUCCAGAAUCUCAGCAAGCUGCUGUUCCUGAACCUUGCCAAUAACCUCUUGGACCAGGUCCCUGUCCCCGUGUGCAAGCUCUCCUCCCUCCAUGUCCUCAACCUCUCUCAAAACAGGCUAGCAGGUCUCCCACCAGACUUUGACUCCUUGAAGCAACUCAGGGAGCUCAACAUCAGCCUCAACCAGUUCACAUCACUCAACAUCAUGGUCACACGGAUGAGACAUCUCAAGUUUCUUAAUGUCUCUAAAAACAGACUUACUGCUCUUCCCACAGAACUGACCCGACUGCAGUCUCUCCGAGUGCUCCAUGUCCAAGGCAACAAGCUCAUGACUAUCCCGGACAAAUUUGAUAACCUGCAAUAUCUCAACAUCUCUGGUAAUGACUUUACUAGUUUCUCUGUGUCACGCAUGAAGAACCUGAUCUGCCUGAAUGCUGCUAACAACAAACUGGAGUCUCUUCCUCAGGGGAUAUUUGACCUCACUCAGCUCAAGUACCUGCGUCUGGAGCAAAACAAGAUCUAUGACAUCAACCCCCAGAUUGUCCUGCUGACCAAACUCCAGACCCUUGACCUCAGCUACAACAAGAUUAACACCUUGCCUGACAACAUGUACAAGUUGGAGAACCUACAAAAGUUUAAUAUCAAGGGCAACACCAUUGUCCAUGACAAGAAUAUGCGCAAGAACGUUCAGCCAGAGAAAGAGUCAAAGGGGCUAUUUGGAAUUUUCAAAAAGAAAGACCCUGUUAAAGAUGAGAAUCCAAAGUCAAACACUUUGAGAUCAUCACGACCUCUGACAAGAAGACCCAUCCCGAAAGAUGGAUCAAAGACUCUCGGUCAUAACUUUUCCAAGCCUCCAACAAAAGGUAACAGAAGAUCUAGAAGUGAAACGCUUAUGGGAAGAAUGCCAGCUGAGGAAUACCAGACAACGGGAAAGAAGUCAGCCUUGGAAUAUCAGACUAAGGAACUCCGCACAAUGUUUCUUGAGGAAGACAGUAUCAGUCUGGAUUCAAGGACAUCGAUCAGGACGUAUCGCAGUGAGCCAAACCUGAAAAAGGUUGGCAAGUCUCCUGACUCAGGGGUGGCCCGGACGGAGCCAUCACAUGGUGACCUAAUGCCCCAGGGGGAGACUACACGCUGCUGGGGGUCUGCAACCAGAUCGAGAUGCUGCUCAACAAGCAGCUACUCCAUCCUGUCAUUGCCAACAACACCAUAGGCAAAAGAUUCUCUGAUGACCGCACCAUACAGAAAACCCCGAAUGGUGUAUGGCGACUGAGUCAGGAUGCUACUGUGGAGAACUACGGCCUGGAGUACAGUCAGCCUGAGACGUUCACCAUCACACAGUCUGGGGGUUCCUAUGUCUCAAGUUUCGACAACCGUAUACAGGUCACUGCCCCCACCAACGCCUUCAUCAACACUGUACAUGCUACACUUCAGGUCCUACGCAUCAAGCACAGCCUCCUGGCAAAGAUCAAGUCCAUGGAACGUUAUGUUGAAAAUCUACUUGCUGUCGGCCCCCGUAAUUUAUUUCAAGCUUCUAGAGUCACAGGCUGUCAUCAACAGUGCAGUGACAAUCACCAUCCCUGCUCCACCCGAAAUGAGACGUGGUCACCUGAUGGUUGUGACUGUAAGGGCAGACAACUCCUGUACACCUUGUUCAAGUGGCUACCAGUCAGCAAAGGGAGCUGUAACCUUCAAUGCCUGGCACCUGACAGGAAAGGUAGCAGUGGUGACAAAGGCCAAGUGUAAGUACAAGGCAUGCAAGUCAGUGGAGGAGCUGCUUCAGCGACUUGGGAUUCGACAGAAAGGGGCAGAUAACUGAAGUCUGACAGAAAGGGGCAGAUAACUGAAGUCUGACAGAAAGGGGCAGAUAACUGAAGUCUGACAGAAAGGGGCAGAUAACUGAAGUCUGACAGAAAGGGGCAGAUAACUGAAGUCUGACAGAAAGGGGCAGAUAACUGAAGUCAAAUGGAUACUGGCAUAUGGGUGAGGUCCAAAAGGACACAAAGCUGACAGCCAACAACUGGGAGACAAAUACUAUGAAAGAACUUGAACAUUGUAUAAGGUGACUGUGAACAGUCUUGAACUGAAUUGUCUGUUGUCUACCAUGAGCUCUGGGUGUAUCAUCCAUCUCAAUGCAUGACUUUCUUUUACCCAAAUAUUCCACAAACCAUGCAGUAGUGCUGUACCAUCUCUGCCAGAGAUGAAAAAGGACUGUUAGGAUGAUUAUGUCCAGUAACAGAAUGCACUGGAACAUUGUUGUGCGUUGUGAAUCACAUCAGUUGUAUUCACUGUUGAUUCAUGGAACUGUAUGUGAUGGUUGUGAGGUACAAAGUAAGGUCAGGUUUGGACUGGGCCACAACACUCUUGAAUACUGAUUUGUUUUUAUGAUUGUUUGUUGUUUAAUGCCUCACACAGCAGUUUUUCAGCCACAUAUUGGUCAGCUAACUAACUGGUGCAGGAGUUAUGCUGAUCAGUACCAUAGCACACUCUUGACACUAAUUCACAGUAUCCUGGAACAAAUUAUAAUGAGAGUGGGCUAAACUGGUUAAGGUAGUCAGGUCACAUGAUGGUCUGUGAUGCUCUUCAUAUCAAUCACUUGUUUCUGUGCUAAGUUUGCUGACAACACUAUAACAUAAAACCCCCACUUCUCCCAUUCUCCAGCUCUGUCCCUAUGCCAUCAUCAGGUUGUGCAGACUGACACUGUACGACUCUUGUCAUCCACAGAUGGAAUAACUGUCCCGUAGACAUUUACUACAGUCACAACACCACACCAGCCAAAUACUUAAAUGUAGUAGUACUUUAAUUAUCAUU